UUUAGUUUACAUAGGAUCGUUUCUGUUAAACAAGGACCUGUCAGGAUAAUGAUUUAUAUAUGCACUAUAUACAUUAUAUGGUGUAUACAUACUGUAUACACAUUAUGAGAUGGAGAGAUCUUCAGCCUCUACGCUGUCGGUGCCUGUCGCCUCCCAGUCGUCUCCACUUGUGCUUGUAAAAAAAAAAAAAAAGGAGGACAAACCCGUCAGACCAGUUCAGUUCAGACAUGGCAGCAGAUCGGACAGGGACGACACUCGGGGAAAGUGCCGACGUUCAUGCAACAGACGAAGGAUCGUUUCAGGAACACGGCAGCCAUGUACCCAAGAGACAUGCCCGCGUCACGGUGAAAUACAACCGGAAGGAGCUGCAGCGGCGGCUCGACGUGGAGAAGUGGAUCGACGAGAGCCUGGACGUGCUCUACGCUGGUCAGGAAGGAGAUAUGCCAGAAGAGGUGAAUAUUGAUGAAUUAAUCGACCUACCAAACGAUAUGGAACGCAUGAACAAGAUGCAGGAGCUUCUUCAAACCUGUCAUAAUGACACAGAGACUUUCAUCCGAGAGCUGGUGGAGAAGCUAGAGGGAGUCCACAAGCAGGAAGAACUCCAGAGCGAAGGCAUCGAGCAUCCGGUCAUCUGCCACAGCCACCAUCGCCAUGAGCCUUAUCACUUCAACAACCCGCACCACGUCCACCGCACCCCAGGCCCCCCCACACAGACAUACACACACCGUAGUUAAGUUGGCACCAACUCAUAACACUCGUGUCUUAAACGAUCCACCUCGCAGGGCAUGAGAAGUCAUUAUCUCGGUGUAGCUUGGUACGUCAAACGCAUGCAAAUACACAUGCAGAAACAUCUGGAGAAUGCAGUGCCAGGAUGUCUUCUGCACGGCUGCGGCACAGUGACAGAGGAAGGAAGGUGCUCUGCCUUAAAUGUCAACCUUUGAACAACCAUUUGUAGUGUUCUGGUGCAAAUUUUGAAUGGCCAGGUACUUAUAAUUUACUCAACUACAGUAUAUUUUACUUCUCAUGGGUUAAAUCACUAAUGGUAACACUUUACAAUAAGACACACAAAAUGACAGUAGUUAAUGAGGAACAAACAUACCUAACCCUAACCACUACUCAUUAGUUCCUCAUUAGUUCCUCAGUAACUACUUGAAAUUGAUGUGCCUCAGUUACUCAGUAUCUACUGUACUCAUUAGUUCCUCGUUAGUUCUUCAUUAGUUCCUCAGUAACUACUGUAUUUUUGUGUACCUUAUUGUAAAGUGUGACCUCACUAAUUAAUUAAUCACUGGAGUGUUUUCCUCACUGAACAUGAAACCAUCACACUGUACCUCUCUGCCACAGUGUUAUUUAUUGUCAGGCAGCAGACUCACCAAGACUGGUAUGAUUGUCAGUGUUACAAAGCCAAUUACUUGAGAAGAGUAAUAAGUUACAGUCACUAGUUAGUUUCGGAACUGGUGUUGCUCCCAACACUGGUUGUAUAGCCUCAUUAAUCCUGGUUGAUCACCCGCAUAGUGACUCUUAUUCCAUGACAUUUCACUUGUCACUUUUUCACUUUUGUUUGGCUUCCACACAUUUAUAUCAAAACAGCACUGAAUGGCAAAUAAAGAUAAUGUAUAGCAUUGUACUUGUGCCUUCUUAGAUCUUACUCUGAAUAAACGAGUGAGAUCCACGUUGAGAAGAGAACCACGGUGGAUAAGAUACUGAUACAACCCUUGGUAUCGACCCACCCAACCCUAGCAGUUACUAAAAGAGAGAUACAGUGUUCCCUCGCUCAAUCGCGGUUCUAUUUCAGUGUUUUUUUUACUGUGUAUGAACUGUUACAGUCCCCUGGCCCUUUAAGAAGAAUUGCAUUGUGGGAAGUUGAGAGUCUCCUUCCCUCUCCCGUCUGUCUGCACCGCCCAUUGUCUGCGCCUUGCGUCCUGAUUGGCUGUCGACCAUUUUCAAUCAAUCUCCUUCCUGACGCCCUGCCGUGUCUCCUGUGUCAUCGCUAGCUUGUUUGCCCCGACGAAACCCACAGUGUCGACGCAACGUUCUGCGCCCAAAAGGCAGAGGAGGAUGCUAACUUGUGGACAUGCUGAAGGAAUGGAGAAGGUGCGCGGCUGUAGGGCGCCAUAGGAACAAAAGAAUCGUCUGCAGCGAUAUGUUUUAACAAGGAUACAAAAAUGCUACAGCACAGCGGAACGGCGCCAGGACGAAAAGGCGGUCGGAGGAGUGAAAUACACGUGAGUCACUUAAUAAUUUCCCAUGUCCAACCUUGUAGGUUUAUCAUUAAAAUUCUAACAAAGGGUUAAACUUUUUUGAGAGUGUUUAAACAAGAGAGAAAUGUGAGAAAAUGUUAAUGCCUGUCUGAGAAAAGUGUAUAAAGUGUAUGGUUAGGGGUUUUGCAGCCUUA